AUGACGCCCGUCAAACCCGCCUUCAUCCAUCCUUCCAACGCUCCCGCUACCCGCGACGUCAAGUUCGCCGAAGUCCAGCCCCGGGCCAUCCUCCGUGGCAAUGGGGAAGAGACUCUCCUCCCCAGGCGCGGCGCUCGCCAGGGCGAAGAAUUCUGGAGACGGUUCAGCAUGAUUGCCAAGGAGGACAACCGGAAACCGUAG